CAUUCUUUCAGUCCAUACUUAGGUACACUGUCUUCGCUCGGCCCUUUCCAUCUGAACGGUGACGAUCUUUGCUCCCUCUACAUCGAGUGACAGCUAUCAACGACUUGACAUCUAGUCUUUUGAAACGACAUUGGAAACUAUCACCCAUACCUUCAGAUUAACCCAAGUACUCAAUUUCCAAUAGACUCAAUCAUAUUUGUAGCCAACAUGGCGGCCAGCAAGGCUGGUGCGUUUCUCGCAAAGAUUCUCGGUAUCGAUCUCGAAGCCAGCACCCGCCACCAGACACAAGAACUCCACAACCACGUUGUCGACGCCAUUUCGCCAUACGAACCAUACUAUGAAGAGGAUCCCACAGUAAAGGAGUGGCUGUUAGAGCAAGUACCAACAAAAGAAGGAUCAGCUCGUUACGUGAAAAGCUUGUUCCCCUUUACGAAAUGGAUUCUGAGAUACAACACUCGCUGGCUCAUCUCAGAUGCUAUUGCGGGUGUCACGCUUGGUCUUGUCGUCAUUCCACAAGCCAUGGCCUACGCCCUCCUCGCCCGCCUAAGUCCUGAGUAUGGACUUUAUACAUCAUUCACCGGCGCAGCUCUUUACUGGAUAUUUGGGACCUCAAAGGAUAUUGCGAUAGGAGCCACCGCCGUCGUCUCCCUCCUCGUCGGAAAAGUCAGCGCCAAAGUCCUCGAAGAACACCCAGGCGAAUUCCAACCAGAAGAAAUCUCCAAAACCCUCGCCUUCCUAGCCGGCGCCGUCCUCCUCAUCUUCGGCCUUCUCCGCCUCGACUGGAUCAUCGAGUUCAUCCCCCACGUUGCCAUCUCCGCAUUCGUCACCGGCGCCGCCAUCACAAUCACACUCAGCCAGAUCCCAUCCCUCCUCGGCAUCGACGGCGUCAACUCCAAAGAGGCCGCUUAUCGCGUCUUCAUCAACACGGCUCGUGGUCUGCCCCGCGUCAAGCUCGAUGCCGCCAUUGGGCUGACGGCUCUGGUGCUGUUGGCUGCCAUCAAGUGGUACACGGAGCGGAUGGCCAAGUCGCAGCCUAAGCGGAAGCGCAUGUGGGAGAUGCUCUGCUCGCUGCGCAUGACUUUCACUAUCUUGCUGUACACACUCAUCAGCUUCUUGGUGAACCGCGGACUGGAGAACGGGGAGCACAAGUUCCGUAUAACAGGGACACUGCCCAAAGGCUUCACACACGCUGGCCCGCCUUCUUUGAACACCAAGCUGAUCUCGGCACUGCUGCCAGAUCUACCGGCCACGGUCAUCAUUCUUGUGAUUGAGCACAUUGCCAUCGGCAAGUCGUUUGGUCGCAUCAACAACUAUACUGUCCAGCCAUCUCAGGAACUCAUCUCAAUCGGAUGCACCAACCUAUUCGGCCCCUUCUUAGGCGCAUACUCUUCGACAGGCUCCUUCGGCGGCACCGCAAUUCUCUCAAAAGCCGGAGUGAGGACACCAAUGGCCGGCGUCUUCAACGGAGCAAUUCUCCUUCUCGCACUAUACGCUCUCACCUCAGUACUCUACUACAUCCCCAUGGCUAGCCUAGCAGCUCUCAUCAUCCACGCCGUGAUCAAUCUCAUAACCUCUCCAGACCACAUCUUCAAGUCAUGGCUCAUGUCACCGCCCGACGUCUUCAUCUACUUCAUCGGCGUAUUCGUCUCCAUCUUCACCAGCCUCGAAGAUGGCAUCUACGUCACAGUAGCCCUCUCCGCAGCCCUCCUCCUCCUCCGUCUCGCCCGCUCCAAAGGCCGUUUCCUCGGCGCCACGCGCGUCUACCAGCAUCCAGACCACCACACCAGCGCCACCCCCGACCACAAAGACUCGGACCGCCACUCCAUCAGCAGCUCGCAGACCCUCUCCCACCACAAGGCGCCUCCGUCGCCGCGUCUCCCGGCAUCACACGACGUGUUCCUCCCGCUAGAUCGCAAAGACGGCACUAACCCAGCCGUCCAAGUCAAUGAACUCUACCCGGGGGUCUUCAUCUACCGCUUCACCGAGGGCUUCAACUACCUGAACCAAGCGCAGUAUGUCGACCGCUUGAUCGAGCACGUCACGCACUCCACCCGCCGCACAACGACACCACACUACGACCACCCAGGCGACCGCCCAUGGAACGAACCCGUGCCGCCGCCCUCGACAGUUGAAACCGAUAACGAGUCCCCAUCACUGCUGAAGCCGAUUCUCCGGGCCGUCAUAUUCGACUGCGCUGCUGUGAACAACAUGGACUCGGGCGCCGUAGAGGGCUUGAUCGACCUGCGGAACCAACUCGAUAGGUGGGCGGCACCCGAGCCGGUGGAGUGGCACUUUGCUGGUGUUCACAACCGGUGGACGCGGCGCGCGCUGUCAGUGUCUGGGUUUGGGUGUCCGAGGACGGGUCACUUGGAGGGUUGGGAGCCGGUUUUCAGUCUGGCUGAUUUGGCGGGGCGGCCGCCGAUGAUGAUGUGCGAGCAGCAGGUUGUUACGACGAGAUCGAAGUCGACGUGUGUAGCCAGUGACUCUGAACAGUCUUCUUCUUCAUCGGCCAUGGAGCAGGGUGUUCUGGGGUCUAAGGAGGGAGGGAUUCGACACCUCAGGGCUGUUGGUGCUAUCAACAGGCCGUUCUUCCAUCUCAAUCUACCUGUGGCGGUUGAAAGUGCCGUCAAGAGUGCGAGACGGAGAGAUCAUCGACCACAGCCUUGA